CGAGGGGGAGGCGGCGAAGGAACAAAGCGCCGGAGCUGCCAGGUGGCGAGGGGCCGGCGGGCUGCCCGCCGCCAUGGGGGUGCAGGACCGGCCCCAGUGCUUCUUCGAGAUAGAAAUCAACCGGGAGCCAGUUGGUCGAAUUAUGUUUCAGCUCUUCUCAGACAUAUGUCCGAAGACUUGCAAAAACUUCCUUUGCUUGUGCUCGGGUGAAAAAGGAAUUGGCAAAACAACUGGAAAGAAGCUGUGCUACAAAGGCACUACAUUCCAUCGUGUGGUUAAAAACUUCAUGAUUCAGGGUGGGGACUUCAGUGAAGGUAAUGGAAAAGGAGGUGAAUCUAUUUACGGUGGCUAUUUUAAAGAUGAAAACUUUAUUCUCAAACAUGACAGAGCGUUCCUUUUGUCAAUGGCAAACCGAGGGAAACAUACCAAUGGUUCCCAAUUUUUCAUAACAACAAAACCCGCUCCUCAUCUCGAUGGCGUACAUGUUGUCUUUGGCCUGGUUAUUUCUGGUUUUGAAGUAAUAGAGCAAAUAGAAAAUCUGAAAACUGAUACUGCAAGUAGGCCCUAUGCAGAUGUACGAGUUAUUGACUGUGGGGUGCUUGUCACAAAAUCAGCAAAAGAUGCUUUGGAGAAGAAGAAGAAAGUCUGUUCUGACUCGGAAGCUUCAGACUCUUCCUCCAGUGCAUCAAGCUCUUCAGAAACUUCUUCUGACAGCGAAGCUGAAAAUGAAAGAAGCAGAAGGAGGAAACGUAAAAGAAGAACUAAAACCAAACAAUCGAGAAAACGAAGAAAGGAAGAGAGAAAGAAAGAGGAUUCAAGGUGCAAGCGAACCUCAAACCAAAGACGCAGCCUUUCUGACAAGAGUGAUACAACAGAAAGAGCAGCUGAUGUCAGCACAAAGAGGGACAAACCUGUGGUACGUCCUGAAGAAAUACCCCCAGUGCCUGAAAACAGAUUUUUGCUCAGAAGAGAUGUGCCUGUUGUCAGCGUGGAGCCCGAACCGAAGCUUCUGGAUGCUACACCAGCUCUGACUGACCAGAAACCAUCGGUCUCUAAAUCCGGACGAAAAAUUAAAGGAAGAGGCACAAUACGAUAUCACACCCCACCUCGAUCGCGAUCGUGUUCCGAGUCCGAUGAUGAUGAGAGCAGCGAGACCCCUCCUCACUGGAAAGAGGAAAUGCAGAGACUACGAACCUACAGACCACCCAGUGGAGAAAAGUGGAGUAAAGGAGAUAAGUUGAGUGACCCAUGUACAAGCAGGUGGGAUGAUAGAAGUGCGUCCCGGAGAUCAAGAUCUUGGUCACAUAACGGUUAUUCUGAUCUAAGUACUGUGAGAUAUUCUAGCCAUCACAAAAAACACAGAAAAGAGAAAAAGAAGGUGAAACACAAAAAGAAAUCUAAAAAGCAGAAGCAUUUCAAGAAGCACAAACAAGCGAAAAAAAAGAAAACAUCAGCCUCAUCAGACGUAGAAUCCUCUCAUUCCUUCCUCAGGAGGACAAAAUCAUCUUGUGAUCGUGAAAGGAAAUCUCGUUCUUCUUCAUUGUCUUCCAGACGUUCAUCCAGAAGAGACUGGUCAAAAUCUGAUAAGGAAGACCAGAGCUCAUCAACGUUAUCAAGCAGAGGGACUCGGUCAUACUACAGGUCCAGGUCCAGAUCGAGGUCUAAAUCAAGAUCUUACUCCCGAAGAAGUUCUAGAUCAAGAUCAGCAUCUAAAUCGUCGCGUUCUCGAAGUAGGUCAAGGUCAAGUUCUAACCCAAGGCAUCAAAAGACGGUUUCCAAUUCUCCACGAAAUAUCUCAACACGGUUAAACGAGAACAAGUUGGUCAAGAGUGCUGAGCCUGUAAGAGCAGUUAUACUCCCCAGUGAUAAAAUUGUCGUACCGCCAGUUGUCCCGGAAAACCUCCCUGUUAUCCCUCUAAGUGAUAGUCCACCACCUUCCAGGUGGAAACCUGGGCAGAAACCCUGGAAGCCAUCCUAUGAGCGGAUUCAGGAAAUGAAAGCUAAAACAACCCAUUUAGUACCCACCCAAACUAAUUACAAUUUAGUAGUCAUUAAAGAGGCUAACACUACUUCCUCGUAUCGUAAGCGACAAAGGAGUUCGGACAGCGAUCGAAGCGGUUAUUCCAAAUCCCGUAGUGACAGGAGCUCAGAUAGUUGGCUGAGGUCAAGGAGCAGGUCUUCUCGAAGCAGGUCAUACACCAGAUCUUACACGAGGUCUCGAAGUCCAUCCAGCUCUAGGACAAAAUCACGUUCUUCUGGCAGAUCCCCAUCGGUGAGUAAAUACCGCAGUGACAGGUCGGGUUAUAGUGAGUCAACGUCUUAUUAUUCCCUCAGUGAUGACGACAGACACAGGAACAAGAGAAAAUCUGCAUCGAGUGGUCAAAAAGCUCGGUCUCUUCAAGUGAGGCAAGAAACGAGCUCUGAAAGUACUCUCCCUUAUAAGUGUGCAAAAGACUAUGACGAGUCCUCGCAAGGACUGAAAGAGAGUGACAGUUUGUCAUCUUCAGACUUCUCCACCGACAGUGAGCCUUCUGCCAAAGCGAAAGGUGUCCAAGAAAAAGAAGGCCGUUUUCAAUUAGAAGGAGAUACCCAGAAACAGGAUAAAAAUAGCUUAAGUUCUGAGAGAAGGGAAGAGAAAUCCAAGUGCGAGCGGGAUUCUGAGCAGGCUAAAAAGAAAGCAGCCAAGGAGAAAUCCUCUGAGCAACCUAGAGGUGGUGCAAAAACGAAACGAAAAUCCUAUUCAGGUAGUAAAUGGGACUCGGAAUCAAACUCUGAAAGGGGAGAGGCAAGGCAUCAUAGGGGAGAUUCCAGAGCCUCCUCUGGUAAAGAAGAAGGAGAGGCCUCAUCGGGAUCUGAUACGGAGCUUAGUGUUAGCAGAAGGAUCAAAAAACAAUCAAAUUCUUCAGAAGGCUUUCUGGAUUCUGAUGGUACCUGGAAGGCGAGCAAACAGUUGUCGUCUUCUGAAUCGGAGAGUUCUUGUUCUAGCUCAACAAACAUUAGAGGCAAGUCAAAAAAACACAAACAUGGCUUGAAAAAAACUCUUAAGAAAUCGCAUUCCAAAAAAGCAAAAGAAAAAUCCAAAGGGAAAAAGGAGAAGAAACACAAAGUUCAGAAAAGAAAAGAAAUGUUUCAUUGGCAACCCCCCCUGGAGUUUGGUGAGGAAGAUGAUGAGGAGAUAAAUGAAAAGCCCGUUACCAAGGAUGAGAAAGAAGAAAAGCAGCUUACCAAGGACAUAAAGGAGAAAAAACAAGUUCAUGAAAAAGACGAAAUAGUCAAAGAUAAAAUAGGAAAUGGUGAAAAGUCUUGUGCAGAUGAAAGCCUUUUAGGUAAAAACUCUCUAUGUGAUGCCUCACCGGAUCGCAGUAACCAUGAUAAAGAUGGCACUGAAACAAAUGCUUCAACCAGUGUUACAAACUCAGGAAUAAAUGUGACUGUUUGUCAGAAUGAAGUUAAACCAGCUGAAGAGAGUAACCAGAACGGGUUGGAAGAUGUUAUUCAGACAGAUGACAACAUGGAGAUCUGUACUCCGGAUCGUAACUCCCCAGGAAAGGUCGAUGUGGACGUUUUGUCUCCUGUCAUUCUCACUGCUAAACCUCAGGCUUUAAGUGCUAGUAUAAACAAAGAUUUACAGGUGGAGCCCCCGGAACAAGAUACUGUCAAAUUAGGAAACAAUAUUAUAGACUUUAUUAAUAUUAAAGAAGAAAAAGAACCGGGAAAGCAAGAAAAUAACUCUGUCCCCGUGUCUAGUGCUAAAGACUGUAGUUCAAAAAGUGAAAUUACUGAAAAUACACAAAGCAAUAUAAUCGACAAUAAAUGGAAGCCUUUGCAAGGUGUUGGUAAUUUACAGCCAGCAACAAUUAGUACUGCUGCAGAAGUUAAGAACGUAGCUUCAGCACCAGAGCCUAAACCAGCAGGUUUAAGAAUCGAAAUAAAAGCUAAAAAUAAAGUUAGGCCUGGGUCUCUGUUUGACGAGGUUAGAAAAACAGCACGGUUAAACCGAAGGCCAAGGAAUCAAGAAAGUUCCAGUGAGGAAGAAUCACCAAGUAGAGAUGACAACAGCCCGUCCAGGAGCCUCAGCAGGUCCCGAAGUAAGUCUGAGUCGAAAUCCAGGCACAGAACGAGGUCCAUCUCUUACAGUCACUCAAGAAGUCGAUCCCGAAGUUCUACAUAUUCAUAUAGGUCCAGAAGCUAUACAAGAAGCCGAAGCAGAGGAUGGUACAGUAGAGACCGGUCGAGAAGUCGAAGCAGUUCUUACCACAGUUACAAGAGUCGUAGUCGAACCUACAGUAGAAGUAGAUCCAGAAGUAGUUCUUACGGUCAUCACAGUCGAUCCAGUAGGUCGUACACGUACGACAGUUACUACAGCAGGAGUCGAAGCAGGAGUAAAAGGAGUGACAGCUAUCGGAGAUCCAGGAGUUACACCAGGAGAUCCAGAUCUUACGGCUCCGACAGUGAGAGCGAUCGCAGUUACUCUAACAAUCGAAGUCCCAGUGAAAGCAGCAGAUACAGCUGAAAACAUUUCUUUGAUGAUGGAAACUGUAUUUAAUAAUUUUGAGUGUUAUGUUUAAGAAAAACCAACAAAACACACCUGUUUUGACAGUGUGGCAAGUGAAGUUGAAGGGUGUUUACCGAGUUAGGUGAAACUUCCCAGUGAACUCGCUUGACUGUGCACUUACGGAGAGAAGUACUGAGCUCAACUCAACUGAUUUUUGAUUUUAUGUCAAAUGCUACUUUUACAAAAGAGGGGGAAAAAAACAACCCCACCAGUUUUAUUUCCUUGAAUUGGAUUUUCCAAGCCAUGAGCAACACUUGGGUGAAUUUGCUGCUGCUGCUUUUCCAGCUGCAGCAAUCGGUACAGUCUUCAAGUCCGGUUACAAACACCUUGGGGCUUUCUGCCUGUAACUGUUAAAUAUGUGUUAGCAACUAUAAAACUGUGAAGAAAACUUCUUUCCAAGCCUGCCAUUUCUAGUUUAUUAAAAUGUUGGGUUUUUUUUUUCUUUUUUAAAUGCUGGAAGGUGGGUUCCAUGCUGUCCUGUUCGUUGGUUGUUGCAUUAUCUAGAGCAUAACCACAGCAGCUGGGUGAUGAACACAAAGACUGCCGCUCUGUCUUAAUCCUUCCCAUCCCGGGAUCUCACAGAACUCUCCUGAAAAGGGGGAGAUUAUCCACCCUGGGGAUUGUCAAACUGACAAGAAGUGAGCAAAAGUGCAAUGAAGGAGUUUCAUAUCCAACUUAUCUCAACUUUUCGGUUUAAAAGUUAAUUUUGUGAUAAGCAACAAUGUUCUUAAGAGUCUAAAAAAAGUGUGUCUAAACACUUUCUGCAUUUCAUUUCAAAAUACGUUGCGUGGUGUACUUCAACACAUUUUGAAGUUGAAUGUUAUAAACUGUUCUGUAUAUCAUGAGUUUGUCCAAAACACUUUUUAAAAAAACUUACGUGAUGAUAAUUUUUUUGAGAAAACAAACCAUAAUGGUUCCUUUAUAAAAUGUCUGUAGGUGUAUCCCCUUUGCCACAGGGAAUAUUGGAUAUUGCUAUUGCAGAUACUGAACUAUAUAUUGUUCAAGUGAUAUGACUCCAAAAAUACUGGUUUGCCUGAUAAAAAGCACGGGCAAUACUUUUCAAAGUAAAGUUUAAUACCAAAAAUGACUCCAUGUUGCAGGUAAAUGGUUUGGAAAAAACCCCCGUAGAUCUAAACUGAAGAGCGUUGAGUAAUUUUUGCAAUAUUCUGAUUGAGUUGAUUUACAAUAACUUGUAAAGUUUUUCAAUGUUUAGAAAGUUCUGUACUAAGAAACAGAUUUUUUUAAUGGCAUAACAUAACCUGAAAACUGGGGUCUGUAGUGGAAAAAAAACAAACCAGACUAACGUAGCUUUAUUAGAGCUAAUGAACACUGUUGUAUUAUAAUGGUUUUCAUUACUGACUUUCUGUAAUAUCUUGAGAUGCUUUCAUUUUCUCAAAUGUUUUCAAAUAUUGAAAAUUAUAUUUUAUUUUUUUUUUUAAAAUCUCAUCAGGACCCAGCAGCUUUGAAAAUUAAAAGCGGUAAUUUCUGGCUUAGACAUCAGUUCAUACUGUCUCUUUUUGAUUGAAAGAAACUACUCAAAAUGAGCUUUUGGUGCGUUACUGAAACAUGAAAAGAAAAGUUCCAAGUGAAGUUUGAAGAGUGGGGUGAUGCCCUUCCUCUCUCUCUGUGAACAGCUGAACAAGACAUUUGUACCCAAGUUCCUAAAACUGAAUUUGUCACAAGUUUUUCACUUUCUAGAAGAACCCAAAAGGCUGGAUUUACACCCUUCCUACUCUUGUAGCUCAAUGAAAAUGUGUGCACGUAACCCUUUGGAAUCAAUAUUUUGUAAGCUUCUUAUUUUUUAACAAUCAGUGCAUUUAUGACUCCAGUCAAUGCCCAUUUACACACAUUUCUAAGAGUAGCAGCCAUUCCAGUGUCCUGAACAAAGGCAGAAUUCCUAACUCCAGGUGCUGUUUGUUGCCAUUUCAUAGUUUUAAGUACAAAAGUAACUUGUUUCUUCCCUUACUGAAAAAACAGAACUAGUUGGUUAGUGCUAUAACAAAAUAGACAAGUAUGAACGUCUCCAUUCAGCACCUUUAGAGGAAGAAAUUGCUUCAGAAUCAGACUUUGUCAUAUUUCAGUUACCUUUCUCCGGCCUUAAAAAUAACAGAAAUAUGAUCAAUCAAUUCAUUGCAGUUGUCCAAAAUUGUUGCAAUGUCAUCUCUGUCCAUUUCCUACCUUGAAUUAAAGCUUUAUGAAGAAAUUCCAUCUGGGCGAUGGCUGGGGAGGGAGGGAGGGAGGGGAGUAUUUUUACUUAAUGAAUUCUGUUAAAUCGUGUUUCAGAGAGACAAAUGUACCCCUCGGCUGGUUUUUUCUAACGUCGGUCUAUGUUUUUGCAAUUUUGUUAUCCAAAAAGUAGUCGCCGUUUGUAAAAUAAAACUUUUGUACAUAUCUGCAAA